CUAAUUCAAUUUUUUGUCCAUAUUUUAAAAAAUUUGACGAACUUGGGCCGAAAUGGUAGUACCCGAAAAGAAUUGGGGCGGCAAUUGGGAACUUCUCCCUCUCCCGACUACAUAAACCCCUGCGCACAUUCCAAACCCUCGACAAUGUUGACCUAGUUCGCCGUUCCCCUCUUCUCCAUCCAUCCAUGGCGCUCUACCUCUUGCACGAGACGGCCUCCGGCUAUGCUUUGUUCGUCGCGCACGGACUGGAUGAGAUCGGGCAGAACACAGAUGCGGUUCGGAAGUCUGUCCUCGACCUCAACAGGUUCGGCAAAGUUGCGAAGCUUGUCUCUUUUAGCCCAUUCGAAUCUGCUCACGAUGCUCUGAGCCAGUGCAAUGCUAUUUCUGAAGGGCAAAUGACUGAUGGGUUAAGGAAUUUCUUGGAGCUUACACUCCCAAAGGUUGAGGGAAAGAAGCCUAACUUCAGCCUAGGGGUUGCUGAUCCUAGGAUUGGGUCUCAAAUUUUUGAUGUAACUAAGAUUCCUUGCCAGAGUAAUGAGUUUGUUCUUGAGCUUCUGCGCGGAGUGAGGAUGCACUUUGAGAAAUUUAUUGAGAAUCUGAAGGCAGGUGACUUAGAGAAGGCUCAGCUGGGGUUGGGUCACAGUUAUAGCAGAGCAAAAGUCAAAUUCAAUGUCAAUCGUGUUGACAAUAUGGUUAUUCAAGCAAUAUUCAUGCUUGAUACUCUUGACAAAGAUAUAAAUACUUUCUCCAUGAGAAUCAGAGAAUGGUACUCAUGGCACUUCCCAGAACUUGUGAAGAUUAUCAAUGACAAUUAUUUAUAUGCCAAGCUUGCUAAGUUCAUUGAUGACAAGGCACAAUUAUCAGAUGAUAGCAUACCGGCAAUAAUGGAAAUAGUUGGUGAUGAAAAUAAAGCAAAAGAAAUAGUAGAAGCUGCCAAAGCAUCUAUGGGCCAUGAUUUGUCUCCUGUUGACUUGAUCAAUGUCAAGCAAUUUGCUCAUAGAGUAAUGGACCUAGCUGAGUAUAGGAAGAAUCUAUACAAUUAUUUGAUUGCUAAGAUGCAAGACAUCGCACCGAAUUUGGCUGCAUUAGUUGGUGAUGUUGUUGGGGCCCGUUUAAUUUCACAUGCUGGUAGCCUUUCAAACUUGGCCAAGUGUGCAUCAUCCACCCUUCAAAUACUUGGAGCGGAGAAGGCACUCUUCAGGGCUUUGAAGACCAAAGGAAACACACCUAAGUAUGGUCUCAUAUUUCAUUCUUCUUUCAUUGGCCGUGCUGGUGCCCGGAAUAAAGGGCGAAUUGCUCGCUUCCUUGCUAACAAAUGCUCUAUUGCUUCACGCCUUGACUGUUUCUUAGACACCAGCACUACUAAAUUUGGUGAGAAACUUCGCCAACAGGUCGAGGAGAGACUUGAUUUCUAUGAUCGGGGAGUUGCCCCACACAAAAACCAGGAUAUGAUGAAAGCUGUAAUGGAAGCUAUUGGAAAAGAAGAAGCAGCAAAGGAGGGAGACAAAACUCCAUCCGAAGCUUCAGGAAAGAAAGGCAAGAAGAAGUCCAAAGGUGAUGCAGCAGUUGAGGAUGGGCAACCCAUGGAGGUAGAAGAACUUGCAGGUACAAACGGGGCCGAAUCUGAAGAGCCAAGGAAGAAGAAAAAGAAGGAAAAGCGGAAAGCCGAAGAUGUGGAUGAACAUGCCAAUGGUGUGAAUGGGGUUGAGGCCGCGAAUGGGUCAUCAAAGAAGCAUAAGAAGAAGAGCAAGGAUGAGGAUGAAGAUGCCCAGACUACCGGAGGCAAGAAGAAGAAGAAGAAGUCCAAGGUUGAGGACGAUGAAUGAAUGAAUGUGCAUUCUUGGCUUACUUCGAGCACCCUGGAGGCUAUUUCUGGCGUUUUCAAAACCUUUUGAUUUACUACUGAGUUUGGCUUUGUUGUGUUUUUAGACAUGUUUUGGGGUUAAGUUAUCGUGUUAGUUUAUCGUUAGACUUGGUAGAACAAUACUCUUUUGUUCAUGGUUUAGACUAGUACUGUGUGGUAGCAUUUCUGGAAAGACUUGCAUGCAUGUAUUGUCUUCUUUGACUUGUUUAGUUUAUUACAACUUGCUUCUCAUCCUUUAUAUAUUAUAUUUGGGAGUUAAACUCCCAGAAUUUUGAGAUUUGUCAUCCUGAUGGGGAAUUAUUUUGACACUUACAAAUGCUCAAAAAAAAUAUUGCAUUGAAUAAAUUCAGAAUUGGUAA